GGUGUUUAAAGGGAGGGUCUCCUGACUCUCUUUAAUUGUCACUCCAAUCAGCAGUGGGAGGCAGUUUUAAAGGCGUCUCCUUCUCGCAGGCGCUUGUAAAACAAUGAGCGUCUUUGAGUGCGGACUGCUUUGAAUGCAGGCAGGCUGACAAGAGGAUAAACUCGCGUCCCCUUCCUUCCCCGGCGAUGAGAGGAUGAUGACCCCCUGACUGAAAGCGUCGGGGAACUUUCCAUUCCGCUCACACUUCUUACCAAGCCAUUUGAACUUGGCGACAACAAACACAUUCGCAGUUUCUCAGAUCUGCGUUUCAAAGUCUGGAGUAACGGGAGCGCUGAGCCAGAGCCACGAAACGGAUUACCGACCAUCGUUCACGGCAUCUCACAGCUGGUUUACUUUACACGAGCCGCUCGAAUCUCUGGUUAGACCUGGUUUCCCGCGAGAUCGACGGGGGAAAGACUAUUCUACACGUAAUUCGAUUUGACUGCAUUAUUAGGAGAACUUGUGGAGCCUGCCCGCAAGUGUUGAGCAACUUUAAAAGCAAUGGUGGGAAGACUGAACUUGCGGAAUGUGUCUGACGACGAUCCGCUGGAUAUGAACUUCAAAGCUGACCGGCCGCUGGACAGUCCUGACUCCGGUCUGCCCCCCAGUCCGAGCCCGAGCGUCUGGUUACUGCAGGGCGCAGGCGCUGGAACCCCGGUUACUGAGGACGAGAGCAGAGGGACAGCAGCGGUUCCUAAUAAUCGGCAUUUGCAUGCAUUGUCCUAUGGAGAAGGAAUUGAACUUGAUUCUCUGCCACUAAAAGAAAUAAGAUACACAUCGUCGGUGCGUUAUGAUUCAGAUCGGCACUUCAUUCAGGAUGUGACCCUGCAGCCCAGGGGUUUGGGUCUGGAGAUGUGCAGUCAGACAGUGCUGGCUCUUCCUCAGAGCACCUGGAGACAUUAUAAGACCCAGCUGGAGUUCGGGCCCCGUCAGAGGGUGCAGCGCUAUCAGAGCACCACCAUAGUGUAUCCCAAACACACCCGGACCUUCUACACUACCCAGCUCAAUUAUGACGGGCACAAGCUGACCAAGCGCUUCUUCUCUGCGGUAGAGCUGCAGGCUUCUGAUUGCAGGGCUGCUUUUUGAAACACACACACACACAGGGGCAUCUGUGCCUGACAUUACACCCAUAUGUACCAAUUAUAAACCACCGCCUGCAUUCAUCUAGUCCCAAGAGGAAAAAAAGGGAAACUCUGACUGAAAUUGUUGCCAGUUGGAAAGGGCUUCCAAGACAGACGGUCAGUUUUAGUGAGAUUGUUUUAGACUGGAGGGGAGUAAGCAACUGUGUUUGCUUAAAGGGAUAGUUCACACACAAAAAUUCAAAUCAUCAUCAUUUAUUCAUGUUUUAAACCAGAGUUUCUUUCUAAAGUUGAACAUAAAGAAAGAUAUUUAGAAGUAUGCUGGAAAGCAGCAGCCAUUGACAUUCAUAGUGUUUUUAGUUUAUACUGUUAAUGCUAGUGGCUGCGUUUCCCCCCAACAUUCUACAGAAUAUCUUGUUUUCUGUUCAACAGAAUAAAGAAAUUCAUAAAGGUUUAGAACCAAUUGAGUGUGAGUAAAUGAUCAUUUUUGGGUGAACUAUCCCUUUAAGAGCAGCAUUUAGACAUUUGAAUGGUUUUCUCCAUCAGCGCUCAAUGAUGGUGUGCAACAAUGGUUUUUAAUCGUAUGUAGAAAUGUGGUUGAUUUUUUUGUGAGAUUCAGGUUUCAGAGAUCUGAUUGUGAACGGUCACUGUUUUGAAGACUUAGAUUUGAUGUUUCUCUAGCAAGUGUAGUUGGCCAUAGAGAAAUACUGGAUGUACAAACUGAUUUGCCCUGCCAUAAAAUAGAUGCCUUUAAGGUUGAGUUACAAAGUUAUAGCUUCUAUACAUAUCUUGUUCACAUGUAUUUAACGGGUUCAGAUCUCACUGAGGGAAAAGUUCAUAUAUUAGGUCUUUGAGAAGUUUUUUUUUUUUUUAAGAACCAGGGUAUUUUCGGGUGUUUUUGCACAAGGGGUAUGUGUCGUAUAUCUAGGCCGAAGCAUUAACUUCAUCAGAAACUAACCUGUUCUGCACAUUUUACUACUGUAAUAACACUUGUGCCGUUAUCCAUCUUCUGACUUCCACAGCUCUCUUUGGUUUUAGCAAGUUGUUUUCAGUAUUUUCACUUAUGGAUGAAGACAUUAGAAGAGAGUCACCAUAGAAAUGAACUGAUGCUGCAGACCGAAGCAUCUGUAGACCAGUGUUUGAAGUAAAUUAUAAUGUAAAUAACAGCACUUCUUCAGUUUAAGAAUGUUUUUAUUAUCUAUUUAUUUUAUAUUCUUUUUUUUUUUUUUUAAAUCUGUGCAGUUAUUGACUGAGUGAGUGACACAAAUGUGCUGGUUUUAAAGUCUGAAGUCUGUUUUAAUUCUUUUAACUGAUUCUUUUAUUGUUUAUGUUGAGAUGGUUAUUGACUUAAAAUGAAAUAAUAAAUUCAUUUUUUUAAGUUA